AUGGCGAUAAUAUCUCUUUCAGUGUUGUCAUCGGCAGCACUCAUGCUUGCAGAUCUCAGCCAUGCCUCUGCAGUAAACUCAAAAGUGCAAUCCUUAGCCCCAGCAAUCAACUCAAUAUUUUCCGGUGGUGCAAAAUUAACGCCGCAAAUUCUACAAACAUUCCUUGAGCCCAUUGAAGUUCUCCAGGCUCGAAAUUCCUACGUCUACAGGGAUGGAACAACGUUGCGCCUUCAAGGCGACAUAUGGACUGCCAAUGGAGCAAAUGUAUAUUGGCUUGGACUGGACGAGAACGUAAUACCUCCAGCAGGAGAACCAUUCUAUGCUCCAUUGAACGCGAGCUAUCCUACACCUGGCCGGACAACCGAGGUCAUGAAUACUUUGGUGAUGAUGGGAGCUAGCCUCAUCAGAAGUCAAACACUAGGUGUUAGCGUUGGGAAUCCUCUGAGUUUGAUGCCAAGCUUAGGGGUGUAUAAUGAUGCUGCUUUUGAACCGAUGGACUGGGCCGUUUUCCAAGCGCGACAGCAUGGACUUCGGAUUUUACCUCCGCUCACAGAUGACUAUGACUACUACCAUGGCGGGAAGUUUAACUUUCUUCGCUGGCGCGGCUUCAACAUCUCUGGCAGCGACUCGCCACUUCCUACGGAUACAAUGCAAUUCUACACCAACAAGACUAUAAUCCAAGACUUUAAGGACUAUAUCGAACAUCUUAUGACCCAUGUUAACCCUCUAACUGGCCUGACAUAUGCGGAAGAUCCCACUAUCAUCGGCUAUGAGACAGGGAACGAGUUGAACGGCAUAAAGUGGGCAGAUCAGGAUGUGCCCAAUGGGUGGACCAGCGAGAUCUGCCAACUCAUUAAGAAGCUCGGCCCCAAUAAGCUCUGCAUCGACGGAACUUACGGUGUUAACUCCACACACUUUGCUGUCCCUGAAGUUGAUAUUUUCUCCAACCACUACUACCCUCUUAAUAAUACCAUUCUUUCCGCAGACAUCGCCGCAAUUGAGAAAGCAAACCGCGUGUACUUAGUAGGUGAAAUUGGUUGGAAAGAUGAGGGUAAGGGAGAUUCUUUAGCCAGCUUUUAUAAUAUCAUUCAGAAGAGAGAGGGCGUGGUAGCCGCUGGUAGUGUAUUUUGGAGUCUUUUCGGGCAUGAUGUUCCGAAUUGCGAGAAAUUUGUUGACCAUUCAGAUGGCUUCACACUCCAAUACGGCAAUUCAAAUAACUCAGCAUCCGUCAACUCCAAAAUAAGCAUCAUACGACAGCAUUACUUCGCGAUGCAGAAUAUCACAGUAGAUAGCUAUCUGCCUGCUGUGCCAUGUCCAGACAAUUAUAUCCCCGGCUACGAAGCACAAUACACAUACGCCUAA